ACAGCAGCAGUGGAGGAGGAGGAGCAGAGGUGAAAGUUCAUAGCAGGGCAGCCGUGCUGGAAAAACUCACAACUUGAGAGGGAAAUAUGGGUGAAAAUGAAGAUUUUACCGGUGCUUUCCAAGACAGCAAGGCUACAUAUGUACUCAGCAAUGUUGCUGAAGUGGUUGAACGAAUUCUGACCUUCGUACCAACCAAAUCGCUUCUCAGGAUCGCAAGUGUGUGCAGACUGUGGAGAAACUGUGCCCGGAGGGUGCUGAGGACUCAGCAGCAGCUGACCUGGGUGUCAGCCUGCGGACCGUCCAACACAGAGGCCCAUGUUCUCUGCAGCAUCCUCGGCGAGGAGGUGGAGAAAGUGUUUCUCCUGCCCAAAACAGUUCUGGCAUUGGUAGACUGUGAGGCCUUCAAUGGACAAGCUUAUUGCUACAGACAGAAUAAAGCAAAGAAGAGUCGCCACAGUCCGGACACAGCUGAAGAACUCAACCUGCUUUUCCCCAAAGGCUGUGACAUCAUGGGCGUCGCCGCCCCGGGCAUCGUCUUGACUCCCACUGGCUCGUUCUCCAGCCUUCCCCAAGAGUACCAGGAGGGUGAGGCUGGCUUUGCCCUCAUGUUCCCCAGCAUAGAAGGUGUCCACAUCAAGCCCUUUCAUUUUUGCAAGAAGACCAUCACCCCGACAGCUCUGAAAGAAGCGGGAUUAGUUGACAACCCAGAGCUGCGCGUGGUUCUGCUGUUUGUCUAUGAGGCGUAUAAAUCUGGAGGAGCACGUUUCCUCAGCCAGAUACUGGAGCCGCUGGCCAAGAGCAAAGCUCUCAUCGCUGGAGGGCUGGUAGAAAGUGCCUUCUCUCCUCCCAGACACUGCUGUAGCCAGGGUGCGUACGGUGUAGUGGGCCUGGCCCUGAGUGGCCCCAAGGUGCAGGGGGCGUCCGUGCUCUUGGACCAAGACAUCAGCAACCCAAAGGCAGCUGAAGCCACGAUCGGGCGGCUAAAAGCAGCCAAAAUCCCCGAGAAGAACACCCUAGGGUUCAUGUUCGCCUGCGUGGGGAGAGGCCAGAACUUCUACAACAACCAGGCCAACGUAGAGGCGGAGGCCUUCCACAAGGUGUUCCCCAACACCCCGCUCUUCGGCCUGUUCGGCAACGGCGAGAUCGGCUGCGACCGAAUCGUCAAAGACGACUACACGCUGUGCGACACUGACACAGACAGUCUGCAGCACGAGUACACUACAGUCAUGACCCUGGUCCACGUGGGCUGACCGACUGACCCACAGCGACUAGAGACAAACGGGAGAAAUAGACGACCCUUCGCGCUCCUGUUUGCAACAGCAGUCGGGAACAGGAUGUCACUCGCAUUACGAAUCAAAAAAUAUUGCCGUCACCAUUUCUGCUCAUAAAGCGGGAAAGUUCUCCCUUAAGCCAUCGACGUAAUGACAUCGUUAGGGAAACGAUGUCCCUCUGAGACUGUGUGUAAUCACAGCUUCAUAUUAAAACGAGUCAGUUUCACAAAGUUCAGAUACAAAGAGAUGGAUUUUCUCUUUUUUUAGUAUUCAAAUGUGAUCGAGCCCACUUGUAAAAUAUAUGUGUAUAUAUUUUCCCCAAACUUCGCACACAUUCAAGGCAUAUCUUACCCUCUGACAUCAACCUCAUGGUCUGUUUGCUCUGCAGGUGAGUAAGAAAUAUACACUUGUGUGUCCCCACAAGCUAUUGUUAUAGUUGUUGAUUCAGCGCAGGCACUUUUUAUUCAUGUAAAUAAGAGCGUGGUUCCUCUUCCACACAAUCAAGGGGAUCUUGAUUUGAAUGCUCUUCCUUGUUUUUUUUUUUUACUCUUUCGGUUUUUACAUUUUUGACGAACAAACAUUAGCCUACACGUGAAACGUUUUUGGAAGAAAUCUAUCUGCCUCGGUUUAAUUGGGCACACAGGAUAUCAGUCAGAAUCUUACAGUGCCUCUUUUUAUUUGUCCACACGUCGGGUCAUAUCUCCUACCUACUUCCAACCGUUAAUGGUUACUUCAUCUCCUGCAGUUUAAAAGAACAAGUAAGUGGGCCAGAAGAAACUCACAAUUAGUGGUUGGAAAUUGAAGAUUUACUUUACAAAGACUGAAAAAAAUGUGAUUUAAUUGGCGUGGAUGGUGAAGUAUUAAAUGGUAAAGGUUAUUUUUGAAAUCCUGAUAGUAUAGUCUGAGACUAACUACCUAGCUGCACAUUUGGAAUUACCAAAUUUUACAGAUGCCUUUUUUUUUUUUUAUACAAAAGCAUAUUGGUCUCCGUCAAACCCAUUACUGCUAUAUUAAUGUAUUACUCUCCAGAUGGCCCUGUCAUUGAUUUUAAUUUCAUGCUUUUUCCUAACUAAGAAGAAUAUUCUGAUGACAUGAAGGUGCAAUUUCCACUAUGUAUAUGAACACAGUGUAUGUUUGUUGGUCAGGUCAUUGCGGUUAUAUGUUGACGUUCAGCUUUUCGUAUAAAAGCUGCAACAAUGAUUGUUGCAAGAAUGGAUGUUGUUGAGAAAAUCCCAAUACUUUUACUUUAAAAAAAAUAAAAAAUGUGUCAUAACUCACACAUUUGCCCCUAUAGGUUUUGAAGGUGACAUUAAAGUGUAUUUUAAAUUGGUGUUUAUGGCUCAUUGAACAAAGCCGUUUUGGUGUUGAUGCACUUUUCUACAUGUGCCAAAUCAUAUCUGUUCUGCUCAUCAAUAAAUCACAUCCAAUACGUA